UCCAGUCUCCCUGGCCUCCGAGAGAAAGCACGCACGAUUCCGCCGACCACCCGGAGCUGCGGCCACGGCCGGGAUGGAUGACAUCCACGCGCUUUCGCCUGACGCGUGUCCGCCCCCUGCCCUGGCGACACUGAUCGGCGCGACUAUAAGAUGCCUCCGAGUGCCGCCCCCUACCUCUAUACAAACACGGUCCACGGGUGGAGAGAGAGGGACAAGGGAGGCAGAGUGAGACGGAGAGGGAGAGAGAGAUGGUUCAGCAGCCGGCGGCGAAGCGCAUGAAGCUGGCGGUUCCGGUCGGACUCGGCGGCGAGGCGGCAUCGCCGAGGAGCCGGAGACUGCGGCACACCCUGCUCGUGGUGCUCUUCACGGUGCGAGUGAGCGUGAGGACCACGGUGCCGGCCAGCAUCUCCCAAAUCGGCAGCAUGUUUCAGGGAUAUGUCGAUCAUGCCUUUCGCGGGUGCAAUGACAUGAUUUCUAGCAAACUGGAAACUUUGCAGGGGCUGGUUGAGAGCAAACUGGAAACUUUGCAGGGGCAGGUUGAGAGCAAACUGGAAAAUUUGCAGGGGCAGGUUGAGGGUCUCCGGCAUGAAGUGAGACAACUGACGCAACUGUGUUCCAAUCGCCGUGCUGAUCAACACACCAAAUUAGAGCCAAACCAGGAGGAUGCUGCUGCCAAUGGAUCAAACACAAGCAUUCGGCUGCGUUUUCUAAACGUUUUGAAGCCACCUAUUUACACCAAUAAGGACAUAACAGAUGAGAACAACGCAGCUAUCAAAGUUGCAGUGUUUGAAGGUGACAAGAUGAUCACAACUGGUCCGCUCUCCAAAGCGGAAAUUGAGAUCUUGGUUCUCCAUGGCAGCUUCUACAACAAAUGCCGGGACAACUGGACAGAAGAGGAGUUUGACAAGCACAUAGUGCUAGGUCGAAAUGAGCAAGGGCUUGUGCUGGGGACUGUGCGGUUGAUCAAUGGAGAGGUAGAACUCAGCCAGAUCCACUUCAAGGAAGGGUCAUGCAGGAAGAAGAUCAUCAUGGCAGCAAGAGUUUGCAAGAGCAAAAAUACCGCUGGUCGGGUUUGGGAAGCCAUCAUGGAGCCUGUGGAGGUUAAGGAUCGCAGAAAUGAACCAAACGAGAAGAGUAACCCUCCAAGAUUAUAUGAUGACGUGUAUCGCUUAGAGGAGAUUGCCAAAGAUGGAGCUUACCACAAGAGGCUUAAGGAAGCAAAUAUCUGCACAGUGCAGGACUUCUUGAAGGCCUUGAACAAGGAUUCCAACGAGCUUUUUAAAAUCCUUCAGAUGAAAAAGAAGGGCAAGUCUUGGUUCAAGAUGAUAGGGCAUGCUAGGGAGUGCAUUCUCGAAGACAGCCAUGAGCUCAAAGCGUAUCAUACUGAAGAUGGGAAUGUAGUGCUCUUCUUCAAUUGCGUGCAUGAUCUUGUUGGAGCAAGAUGUCGUGGCAAUUACAUUACAUGUGAUGAAUUUAACCCACUUCAGAAGGCUUCAGUGAAUAAGUUGAAAAAUCAUGCGUACAGCAAACUGCAGGACAUUCCAUCCAAUUAUGUAAUGAAAGGCAAUAUUCCUGAGCCAAUUUAUUCAAGCACAGGUGUUGCUGUUUGCCCAUCUGUUCUAGCUGUGGGCACAUCACAGCCAAUUUUUUAUGCUGAUCACCUUGCGGCAUAUCAAGGAACUGGACCAGCUGAAAAUAUUGCUCACGAUGCAAUCAACAAUGUAACUGGGCCAAGUUAUCCAAAUGCAAACUACUAUCCCAUGAGCACCGUUCCCCUUAAUCUAACCACACAUUUUUACCAAGAUCAAGGAAUUCCAGAGCUUGGUCAGCAGCAAAUGGUUUCGCCUUUUAUCGGGCUUGAUUGGCAACAAAAUCCCCAAGGUCCACAAGACUCUCCUGACCCAGUUGAGUUGGCGAGUAGGAUGUUUGGGGACCCUUCAGGGGCUUCAACCUCUGCUCAACUCAACCAUGAACCACCACAUCACCUUCCUCAACUCCAUCAAAUGGCGCCUGCUGCUGCACCGGCAUGGCUGACGGUGGCAGCGCAGCCCUCGUGCGCUGAGCAUGAGCAGGGACCCAGCUGGUCGACGUUUCCAGGAUCAGCUCACGGCAACAACUGCUAGUAAGCACAUAGGCCCUGCAUAAUGCAGUUUUGGGCUGUACAAAGCUAUGUUCUCUAGUAGAUAAUGUGGAGUGUUUAUCGUGUGAUGCUACCAUAGACGUUUAGUUUGUGUUACAUGUGCAUUACUAGCCAUUGGAUUAGCAUGAUGUAACUGCUGCCUGUCUGUUGUAUGUUUCCGUGUGUUUGCAAAUAUGCAGGUGACAGGUUUGCUAGUAGAAGCAGAAUUCUGGUGUUGUAAUUUUUUGAGGAAGUGUAUUUUCUCAGAAAUAUAAUUUGUACUUGAUUGAA